AUGGCGGCCCCAGCAGACUCAUGCCGAGUGGUUGGAAAAAAGAGCAGCCACAGACCCGCACGUCCAGUGGACAACCUGGAGGCUCCCUGGGGGCAGAGGGUGGGGGCAGGGCAGGCCAGGAACUCCAGGGCUCCCCAGGCAUUGAGAACCUGGGCUCCUGUCACAACGGGCCGAGACGCCGGAGACAACAGAUCUGCAGCUGUGCCCAGCACAGGGCAGACAAGGUGCAGCGAGCCCCUGGGCAGCCCAAGAGCUGCCGUGAAGAUGCACAGCUAGGCGGAUGUGGACGAGAUCCAGGAGCUGAAGGCCGUCACACGGCUCUGGGCCCUGCCGGUGCUGCAGAUCCAGGCAGUGAAGAAGACGGUCAAGAACAGGGCCACACUGGCUCUCCUGCGCAGCAACAUCCGCCGCGGGGCCCAAGAGUGGGCCUUGGCCAUGGAGUGGAACCAAAGGACCACCUCCCAGGCCUGCGGGAAGGACGUGCCAAUGAGGCUGGUGCACUGCUGCUGCACCAUGGACGGGGCUCUGGAGAAGCGCAAGUACCGCAUGAACGUGCGCAACGUGCGGAUCCACCCGGUGCGGCAGCGCGGGCAGAAACUGGGGAGCUUGCAGCUGGAGCGGGCCAGCCCACGCGGGCAGCCCGACGCCACCAAGGAGGAGGGGCGCUUUCAGCGGGCCCUGGGACCACCCCCGGUCAUCCGCCGGCUGGAAAACAACAUCGAAAAGACGAUGAUCAAGGUCACCACAGGCCGGAACAUCCGCCUGCCGUAUGUGGACCUGCUGGGUCAUCUGAAGAAAGAGCUGGCAGGGUAUCCCACAGAGCUGGACAAGCUGCAGAACCUCAUGGAUGACUACUGCUCGGAGCUGGUGGAUAUGACAGUCACGUCCCAAGAUGCCAUGAUGAUUACAGAUAAGGUCAAGCCAGGGCAUCACAAGCCGGUUCCUGGCUCAGAGGAACACAGAGGAGAACCUGGAGCUGCAGCUGGAGGCCUUGAUGGACAAGCUGGAAAGGCAGGGCGCAGUGCUGAGGCUCCACCAGGUACCCGGCUCUGGCAGCUCCCCACCUGCCGAGAAGAUGAAGGACAUGCUGGAGGAGGAGGAGAGGCUCCAGCUGGCCCGUGGCAAUGUGACCAAGAGCCAGAAGCUGCUGCUGACGACCAUCCAGACGGGCAUCGACCACCUCUACAUCCGGCUGGUCGGCAUUGCCCCGCCCAAGGCCCAGGUGCCACCUGCAGGGGGAGGAGCCGCCUGCACAGAGGGCCCCUAACAGGGGCCCCAGGGAAGACCAGAUCCUCCUCCUGGCCUACAAAAAGCAGCAGCACCCCAGCACCCUUGAUGUGAACACCUUGAAGCUCCUGUGUCUGGCUGACAGAGCGCAGCCGAUGUCCAGGACUGAGGAGGUAGCCCCAGGCUGGGGCGGGAGUGCCUACAUGUCCCAUGUCCCCAUGGAGUGGACAGUCCCUGUGCCCCACAGGUCAACACAAAAGUGAGGGACACCCUGGAGUCCUCGAUGCUGGAGAAGCGGAACACCAGGAUCAGCUUUGAGGACCCGGAGGAGGACACGAUAGGCACAGGCUCAGGACCAGGGGGUCCAGGCCACCUGGCAACGGGAAGAUGUGUGGGGCAGAUGGCUGGGCUGAGCUGUGCAGAGGCCGGGACUGGUAUGGCAUGCACUCCGUCUGACCGGGGCAGCCUGGAGGGACAGUGCAG